CACGGCCGGGAAGAUGAACGGGGCGUUGGAGCAUUCGGACCAGCCCGACCCAGACGCCAUCAAGAUGUUCGUGGGCCAGAUCCCUCGCUCCUGGUCAGAGAAGGAGCUGAAGGAGCUGUUUGAGCCCUACGGGGCCGUCUAUCAGAUCAACAUCCUCCGAGACCGCAGCCAGAACCCUCCACAGAGCAAAGGGUGCUGUUUUGUCACGUUUUACACACGGAAAGCUGCCCUUGAAGCCCAGAAUGCACUGCAUAACAUAAAGACCUUAACAGGGAUGCACCAUCCCAUUCAGAUGAAGCCUGCAGACAGUGAGAAAUCAAACGCGGUGGAGGACAGGAAGCUGUUCAUCGGCAUGGUGUCGAAGAAGUGCAAUGAGAACGACAUCCGAGUCAUGUUCUCUGCGUUCGGACAGAUCGAGGAGUGCCGGAUCCUGCGAGGGCCCGACGGACUCAGCAGAGGAUGUGCGUUUGUCACGUUUUCUACCAGGGCUAUGGCACAGAAUGCAAUCAAAGCCAUGCACCAGUCUCAGACUAUGGAGGGCUGCUCGUCUCCCAUUGUGGUGAAGUUUGCUGACACGCAGAAGGACAAGGAGCAGCGGCGCCUGCAGCAGCAGCUAGCUCAGCAGAUGCAGCAGCUCAACAACGCCACGACCUGGGGGAGUCUGACGGGGCUGGGCGGCCUCACCCCGCAGUAUCUGGCUGUAAGAGGACACUUGCUUCAGCAGGCCACCUCCUCCAGUAACCUUGGAGCCUUCAGUGGGAUCCAACAGAUGGCAGGUAUGAGUGCUCUGCAGUUGCAGAACCUGGCCACUUUAGCAGCGGCAGCAGCGGCGGCCCAAAACUCAGCCGGCCCCAACGCAAACCCCCUGUCCUCCAACGCGGCCUCCCUCGGAGCGCUGGCCAGCCCAGGUAACGCCGCUUCAGAGGGGGGGGGGGGGUCAAACGCGGGGGACACCUGCCCUCCUGGAGGAUCGGGCACCACAGCCAACUCCUCGGGCAUGAGCUCUCUGACCUCUCUGGGCACUCUGCAGGGCCUGGCUGGCGCCACCAUGGGUCUGAACAACAUUAAUGCACUAGCAGGUAUGGCGGCCCUGAACGGAGGCCUGGGCGGCGUGGGGCUGACCAACGGCACGGCGGGCACCAUGGACGCGCUCACACAAGCCUACUCAGGGAUCCAGCAGUAUGCAGCCGCAGCCCUGCCCACCCUCUACAGCCAGUCCCUGCUGCAGCAGCAAGGUGCCGCCGGCAGCCAGAAAGAGGGGCCUGAAGGUGCCAACCUGUUCAUCUACCACCUGCCCCAGGAGUUUGGGGACCAGGACAUCCUGCAGAUGUUCAUGCCUUUUGGAAAUGUGGUCUCUGCCAAAGUCUUCAUUGACAAACAGACAAACCUGAGCAAGUGCUUCGGCUUCGUCAGCUAUGACAAUCCGGUGUCGGCGCAGGCAGCCAUCCAGGCCAUGAACGGCUUCCAGAUCGGCAUGAAGAGGCUGAAGGUGCAGCUCAAACGCUCCAAGAACGACAGCAAACCAUACUGAUCUUAGCACUAGGGCCUAUCUGCUCCCAUGUUACCACU